CUAUUUUGUUUUUUCCUAAUUUUUUAUGUUUUUCUUCUAUUAAUUUCACUAAUUUUUCUCCUAGAUUGGUGGGGAUUGUGUUUGGAUUGGUGGAGAAAUUAGCGGCGUUAGCACGAGAGAGAGGAGGAGGGAGCCUUGAAUGCCGAAUCCACGGCGGUGAUUGGAGAAUUUUGAAGAUAUGGGAUACUGCUGGGCAAGAGAGAUUCCAAAGUCUCCGGGUUGCAUUUUAUAGAGGCGCGGAUUGCUGUGUUCUUGCGUAUGAUGUUAAUGUGAUGCAAUCUUUCGAUACCCUUGACAACUGGCAUGAGGAGUUUCUCAAACAGGCAAACCCACCCGAUCCAAGGUCAUUUCCAUUUAUUUUGCUUGGAAACAAGAUUGAUAUUGAUGGCGGGAAUAGUCGAGUGGUUUCUGAGAAGAAAGCAAAGGAUUGAUGUGCUUCAAAAGGGAAUAUUCCCUAUUUUGAAACAUCCGCAAAAGAAGAUUUCAAUGUUGAUGCUGCAUUCCUGUGUAUUGCCAAGGCUGCUCUUGCCAAUGAGCACGAACAAGACAUAUCUUUAAUGAUUCAUCUCCCAUG